UCAGAAGUCACUGAGCUCCUUCGAUUUGCGUGCACACCGGGAGGAGGCCCAUGUGGUCCGUCAAUGAGCGACCCUUAAACUUUAGCACUUCGGACUACUUUACCAACGCUGGGAAGUGUAUGUUUGAGACGGUUAUGUUAUGAAGAUGCUGCUAGAAGCAAAGAAUACCGAGGAGACCGCGGUGCUAAAGGCGGUUGCCGCUUCUGUCCUUGUUCAGGUGGAGCCGGUGGGUCGAUGGUUUGAAGCGUAUCUAAGGAGAAGAAACAGGAAUGUGUCGGCUUCCUUCCAGGAGUUGGAGGAUGAAGAGGAGUCUUCAGAGGAGUCGGAAGAUGAGGAGCUUCUGCUGGAGGAGCAUCCCAUGCUGCGAACGCUCGACCCCAAAGACUGGAAGAACCAGGAUCACUAUGCCGUCCUUGGCCUCCCACACCUGCGGUACAAAGCCACACAAAGACAGAUCAAAGCUGCGCACAAAGCAAUCGUGUUGAAACACCAUCCUGACAAAAGGAAAGCUGCAGGAGAGCAGAUCCAAGAGGGAGACAAUGACUACUUCACUUGUAUAACUAAAGCUAUUGAAACCCUGUCUGACCCAAUGAAGAGGAGAGCCUUUGACAGCGUGGAUCCCACCUUCGACAACAGUGUGCCUUCCAAAGGUGAAGGCAAAGAGAACUUUUUUGAGGUCUUCUCUUCUGUUUUUGAGAGAAAUGAACGAUGGUCUACCAAAAAGUCUGUGCCCAAACUUGGAAGCCCAGACUCAUCUUUUGAAGAGGUCGACAAUUUUUACUCUUUUUGGUAUAACUUUGACUCGUGGAGGGAAUUUUCAUACUUGGAUGAAGAAGAAAAGGAAAAGGCUGAAUGUCGGGAUGAGAGGAGGUGGAUUGAAAAGCAGAACCGAGCUUCCAGAGCUCAAAGAAAGAAGGAGGAGAUGAACAGAAUCAGAACACUAGUUGACAUGGCCUACAGCUGUGACCCAAGAAUAAAGAAGUUUAAGGAAGAGGAGAAGGCAAGGAAAGAAUCCGAGAAGAAAGCAAAGGCCGAAGCCAAGAAGAGAGAGCAGGAAGAGAAGGAGAAAGCCCGGCAGGCAGAGCUGGAAGCAACCCGCUUAGCAAAGGAGAAAGAGGAUGAGGAGGCCAGGCAGGCAGCUGUGCAGGCAAAGAAGGAAAAGGAGAUCCAGAAAAAGGCCAUCAAGAAGGAAAGGCAGAAGCUCAGGACCUUCUGUAAGAACUGGAGCUACUUUGCUGACAAUGAAGCUGAUGGAGUGAAAAUGAUGGAGGAAGUGGAGAAACUGUGUGAGCGUCUGGAGCUGAUGAGUUUACAGACAUUGAAUGAAACUUUGGCCUCGGGCUCUAAAGAGGAAUGCAAGGCAGCCGUGGAGAGACAGGUGGAGGAGGUGAAUGUUCAACUGCAAAGGGAGAGGGAGGCGGAGGUGCAGGCGAUGCAGGCGGCUCGCAGUGCUGAGCAGGGCAGCGGAGGAGGAGGAGGAGGAGGUGGUGGGAAGGGCUGGAAUGAAGACGACCUGCAGCUGCUGAUCAAAGCUGUCAACCUUUUCCCUGCUGGAACCAACGCCAGAUGGGAAGUUAUUGCCAAUUACAUGAACUUGCACUCCAGCAGCGGCUUGAAGAGGACGGCCAAAGAUGUAAUUAACAAAGCCAAGAACCUGCAGAGAUUAGAUCCACUGCAGAAAGGCGAGGUCAACAGGAAAGCCUUUGAAAAGUUCAAGAAGGAGCACACGUCAGUGGCGCCCUCCAUAGACAACGCUGCACCCUCGGAGCGCUUCGAUGCCUCUGGCGAGGGGAAUCUGGCGCCCUGGACCACAGAGGAACAGAAGCUCCUGGAACAGGCGCUGAAAACGUACCCGGUCAGCACGCCUGAACGCUGGGAGAAGAUCGCUGCUGCAGUUCCUGGUCGAACCAAGAAGGACUGCAUGAAGAGGUACAAGGAACUGGUGGAGAUGGUUAAAGCAAAGAAAGCUGCUCAGGAACAAGUGGCAGCCAAGAGUAAAAAAUGACCAGAACCACAAUCCCUUAUUUUAAUGUUAUUGUGUUGUUCUUUAUUUUAUAAUAAAAAAACCUAGAAACAUAAA